GCCUCCUUGGUGAAGGACCCCGCGUGGCUUGGCCGGGCGGCUCUCGCGAGACUUAGCGGCUAUAAAAGGCAGGCGUUGUUCACGCGGCCGCCUCUUUUCCCCUCAGCCAAGAUGGCGCCGAAGGUGAAGAAGGAGGCCGUCCCGGCGAAGACAGAGGCGAAAUCCAAAGCACUUAAAGCAAAGAAAGCCGUCUUGAAAGGAGUCCACAGUCACAAGAAGAAGAAAAUCCGGACAUCGCCCACCUUCCGGAGACCAAAGACUUUGCGGUUACGGCGGCAGCCCAAGUAUCCCCGGAAGAGCGCCCCACGGAGGAACAAGCUGGACCAUUAUGCCAUCAUCAAGUUCCCACUGACCACGGAGUCAGCCAUGAAGAAAAUUGAGGACAACAACACGCUGGUCUUCAUCGUGGACGUCAAGGCCAACAAGCACCAGAUCAAACAGGCGGUCAAGAAGCUGUAUGACAUUGACGUGGCCAAGGUCAACACCUUGAUCAGGCCCGACGGGGAAAAGAAAGCUUACGUCCGCCUUGCUCCAGAUUACGACGCGCUCGAUGUGGCCAACAAGAUUGGGAUCAUCUGAGCGAAGGCCGGCCAGAGCGGCUCAGACACACCCAGCAUUUGUCCCACGUGGUUUACAAACUCUUCCUCAAAACCGUUCGAAUAUUUACAAUAAAGGACCCUGAACACCC